UUCGCCCGCUAGGGGGCGCUUAAGGCAAUACGCGGUCAGAGAGAUUUGCCGUGCAGACAUUUUAAAAACGUUUUUCAAGCGUUUUAUUUUUAUGCUAAUUUCAACACUGAGGUUUUAAAUUGAAAGUAUUUGAGUAUUUGGUUUAUCUGAGCGCUAAAAUAAAGUCAUCGGUAUGCAUUUCGUAACUUUAUGUGAUUGAUAAUAGCAUUUCGUAGGUUUUUGACGAAGUGUUUUACCUUUGAAUUUCCAAGCUUUAACAUUUUUCGGUAAUAUGUAGGACCGCUUGUUUACCACUUUGGAAAUAUAUUCAUUCCAUUAUGGAUUGUGUUCAUGUUACGAUUGUGAUUGAUUUGUGAUGCUGCUUACAACGUGUAUUACUUCCGUCAACAAAUGUUAUCUAUUAUGAACUCGAAUUAAAACAAUUCAUUCAUACCUUGCACGCUAAACAUGCUGGUGACGAGGAUUAUCAGUUUUGUGGUAUUUGGUGGCGUCGUUUGCGGGUGUUUAGCAGCGCCGAUGAAAGAGGUCAAAGAUGAAAAACGCGCCGUUAUGUCCGGGGGAGGAGCGACGUACGAGAUUUUUCCGUACAAACCCGGUAAUAAUCUAGACCCGUGGGCGCAAGCCAGACAAAAUGCAUACAGUUUGGGUGGUGGACCUGGUGGCGGCUCUUAUGAGAAUAAUGGAUAUCUUCCAGGCGCUUAUCCUGGGGCUCCUUCGCCAAUGCAAACUUAUCAAACCUACCCUCCCGGUUAUCCAACUCAAUAAGAGGCUUAGCUUUCCCAUAGUAAACUACUUGGCUAGAUAAGCAAAGGAUCUUCCUUAAUGUAUCAAUGUUGCCUCAAAGUCUGUGUAUUAACGAAAUUCCUGUAAAUUUGUAUGCAUCAAUAAAUUUCCUUCGAUAUUUGA